GUAUGAAGAGUAAAAAACGAAAGUAGGAAGAAGGAAGAAGUGACUCUUGGCUACUGCUACUUGGCUGGCGUCGGACCAUAGAGCUGUCGGACGAAGUAGAUCUUUCGUUUAGACGGAGCGUUCACUGCUGGUUUAAAUUUACUUAACAACAAGUAGUAAUGGCAAAUGAUUCUUGGCUCCAAGUUUUGAAUGGGAAGUUUUCAAAACAAUGGGUUCAGUGUUUGAGACAAUUGUCAUCCUGUGGCGUUUUUCCUUUCCAGGCAGACAGAAUGCUUCGAGAUGGCUGUGGUGAGGGGGAUUCAUGGGAACAGCUUCUCAGGUCAUUUGUAGAGAAUACAGCAACAUCAGAAGCUGGUGAACUCAAAGUGGUGCCACUUUUCCUGACAUUGCCACCCCGUCUUCAAGCACGGAUCCUGUUCCUGCUGCUGAUGCACCUAGAGCGAGUGUCCUCUGCAGCACUCUCUGACUUUGUGAGAAGAGUGAAGGAACAUUGCACCAAAAGCUCAUGGACGGAAUACCUCAUGCGGCAACUUCAGGCCAAAGUUGUUGAUAAUUUGAAGUCUUGUGGGGCUGAAGGUCAAGGGGAGAACUCAGUUUCUGUUGCUUACGAAUUUUACAACCAGUCCCAGUUUACAGAUGUAUUGAAGAGACUUAAAUCGCCCUCUCAGUACUGUGCUUCAUUAACUGUGCCUGGGAAGCAGAUGGAGCCAGGUGGGAAAAGUGAGAGUCAAGGUCAAGAAUAUGAAGUGGACAGUCUCCGUCAAAACGGUUCUAAAAGCUUGACAAAUCAAGACAAGUUGGAAAACAGGAGCGCACAUCGCCUUGAAAAUGUCGUCGAUGUGAUUGUGAUAGAGGAUGAUGAAGACGGCAGCUGUGACGAUGAUCAUUUUGUGUCCAGUCAACCGUUUAAUGAAGAAAAAGCUGGUAACAAAGCGGGUCCGGCGAAAGAAAAAACCAAAAAGCGUUUGUUCUCUGAUGCGACUGGAGGAGACACGUUAUGUGAAUCAAAAAAUGCGCAGAAGAGAGUGAGGCUUGGCGGGGAUUUGGAAGAUGAAAUAACAACUGGUACCUCAUUAAGUGUAGAUGGCACUGAAACGACAAAAGCCCUUUCGUCAGUGGAAGAUAACAACGGCGAUGAAAAAAAUUCAGAGAAAGAGAAAGAGACUGUCAGUGAAGAAACACCUUGUGAUGAUGGAGACUACAUCUUAUCAGAUGCCAGCAAGAAUUUCCUUGAGCCAUUUCGAGAUGCUCUCUCGUCAAAAGAUGUUCAAGACACAGCCGUGCUUUCCGAUGUUUGGACGCAUUUGCAGAGUUUGACCUCAGUCCAGGUGCGGGCUGCGUGUGAUUUUCUGGGCCUGAAAGACUUGAAUGAGGAGACUGUUGUAACUCUGUGUGAUAACAUACCGUGGACGAGUCUGGGAUAUGACACCUUACUGAAUCUCCUAGAAGGUUUUCUUAUACACAAGGUGAGGCAUCUUUCCUCCCAGCCCUCCCACGCCCUCGUUGAUGUUGCAAAGUCAAUAGCAAAAUAUCAUCCCAAAGUUCUGCUUGAAGUACUCACUGAUGUCAUUUGUGAAGCGAAUUCAGGUCUCCCUCAGUGCCAGCUGUUGAUCUCCCUGUGCCAACAUUGCUUGACCUCUGACCUGGCUGGAUUUCUUCUCAGACAAGUGUCGUCUAAAGACGUGAAAGUGACGGAGAAUGUUGUGAGUGUGCUGCAAGCCGUGGUGGAUCAGAGACCAGAGCUUAUGCCCGACACUUUGCAGAACAUUCUUGACCUUCUCAGAGAGUCUGGUGCAGAGUGCGCCACAAAUCAAAAGUUUGGAAAGCUGCUCUUGUCCUUCACAAAUAAAUAUGGCAAAAAGCUGACGGGAGAGCAAGUGGCCAGCUUGUCUGUGGUUGUGGGAGAGAACAAGUCGAGCCUGAAGAGGGCGCUGGUAGCUGCCCUCAAACGCCUGAGCCGCUGAAUGUUUUGCCCAAUCUUACCAGGUGAAGAUUAUGGCAACAACCUCCCUUGUGCUGCAGAUCAGAAAACUGUGAGGUAGACUACCAAGACGCCCUCUGCUCCGAACUAUCAGCCCUCACAGACAAAGUGUACAGUACAGUACUCUUUCACACAGUCUGACAUGCGACAGAAUUCCAAUGUUCUUUGGUUUCAUGUCCAAUCGUUUUGGCGAGGACAUGCUUUAGACCUCAAGACCCUUUUUGUGAACCUGUGUUCCAAACACUUGGACGGGCUCUGUAGGUCUACUGAAGUCUUCAACCCCCUUGUGCUCCAAACCCCUGGCUGUGAUGUGAAGGAUUCUGCACAACGUGCUCCUCCCUAGUUUCUCUUUGUUGCACCUGAGGAAGCCUUUGAGGCGAAACGUCGAGCCAUUUUAUGAGUGAAAUCUUUAUAUAGCCACCGGCAUCUGGUGCAGUGGUUAGGUGCUUCACUGUCUGUCAGAAACAGGAGACCCAUGUUCGGUUCCCGAGUGGGGAGGAUAUUUAUCGAGCAACUCGGUGUCUCUGCUGGGAUGUUGUAUCCCUCUCAACCCGGGUCACACGAAGUCGAAAGCCUGCCUCCUAAAUGAUCAACAUUUUGCUAAAGGAGGUGUAAAAGCAUUUACUACGUUAUCAUAAAAAACAAAUGAAAUAGUCCCAGAGGCCUACAGUAGCAGAUCCUUUGUUGGCAACCACUGCCUUAAAUACAUUCUCCAAUUAACAGCAAAGCACAAAUGGUCGCGUUUAAGCACAAGGGGGCUAUUCCGAAAAAUGCUGUUUAAAAAAAAAUCGAAGGUAAAGUGUUUACCCCUUGUUCAGUUUCUUUAAAAGACAAGGAGAGUUUUCUCUAUAACCAAACAAAUAUAUACACACCAAUUAAACCAAACUUCUCCAAAAGGUAGGGCAAUGCCCACUUUUGGUGUAGGUCACGAUUUCUGGAAACCCUCGAAAUCUCGGUUAGCCCUCUUGUCCUUAAAAGCGACCAAAUAGGCUACAUGAAUGAAACUGUAUGCACUGUUUUCACCAAAUACAUUCUCCAGAUUACAGAAUUUACAGCACAGCUAACUCUAACACCUAACCAGCACUUAGUAGACACAGCUUUAGGACAAUUAUGAGAGAGGUUCAGUGCACUGAAACAAUUGACCAUGCCAUCUCUCACACAAACAUUGUCAACCCAUCAGAACACUCUUGCAUUAGCACUGACAUUAUUUCAUAUCUUGAACCGUUUGGAAAGUUGCUUGCAUUUCCACACACAUUGACGCCUAAAAUUCACAUGCUGGAGCGCCAUUGCCUGCCAUUCGUUAAAAUUAAAACCUGAGGCUUUGGCCUUAGCAUGCUUGGUGAGCAAGGUGGUGAGAUGUUUCAUGCCACCAUAGCUAAAGUCGAAAGAAAAGCAGUUGUAUGAGAAACCGACUAAAGUAACUGAAGGCUGUGAUGGAAACACACUGAAUACAGGCGUUAAUCAACACCAGCAACAGGACUUAUUGGUGCAAACUCAAAAUUAAAAUGUAAGUGUGUGAGAAGUUCAGAGUGUAGUAAGCUGACAAUGAAGAUUGUGAAAAUCUGUCGGCGUGUUUAUUAUUUUUUUAUUGAAAAAAACGUUAAUACAUGUAUUGUGUUUGUGCCAAAUAAAUGAUGGAAACCACAAUUGAAUUAUGCUAUCUUUUUUUUAUUUCUCCGCAAUAAAAAACAUCCUGUCGUAAAAUA